CAUAAAUAAAACCCUAACCCUAGCAACUCUUACUUUAAAGUCAAGAGGGCUCACACUGAAAAACCUAAACGUCAUAAACUUUCUUGUUCAUCUGCUCCACUAGUCUCCUCUUUUCACCCUAAAUAUUGUACUUGCUAAUUAUUGCUUUAUCCUUUUGGGAGUCUUCUCCUAAGUAUUUAAUUAGAUAAACUUAAAGUUUUUGAUGCAAGGCUUCUGUAAUGGAGGAAGGUGGUGAGAAGCAUGAUUGGGUUGAUGAUGACUCCCAAGAGGAACUUGUGAGAGAGCUUCUUGAUGAGGAGUCACCUUUCUUUGUCCUAUCUCAAGGCACAAUUCAGCCCAAAGCGAUAACUUCAGAAGAAGAGGUCAGUAAACAACUUGUGUCCAAUGUGUAUUCAGGGCCGAGGAUCGAAGAUAUUGAGAAUGCUUUAUCAUCAGUGUCAAACUGGAAGGAUCAACCCCAGCAGAACACUAGGAUUAAUUCAAUGCUGGAAAGAAAUUUGAGUAAAAUAGAGAGUAAGUAUACUCUAAAGGUCAGAAGCUGUGGCAAUGGCAUGGCUGAUGAUGGAUAUAAAUGGAGGAAAUAUGGCCAAAAAUCCAUCAAAAACAGCCCUAAUCCAAGGAGCUAUUACAAGUGCACGAACCCAAGAUGCAACGCGAAGAAGCAGGUAGAGAAGUCCAGAGAUGAGGCAGAUACACUCAUCAUCACCUAUGAAGGGCUCCACCUACACUUUGUCGACCCAUAUUUCCCACCACUCAGUGACCAGCCUUUUCAACAUGAUAAUAAUGAACCAACCAAGAAGCCCAGGAAGGCCAUUUCGGAAUCUGAUGAGUCACGGGCUUUUGGACUUCCACAAACAAUGCAAAUCCAAGAAGCUACAACAAAUAAUAUCAACUCAGCUGUCUCGUUGGAAGGCUGCCCUUGCCCUCAAGAGGUAGCUUCGGAAGGGUUGCUUGAAGAUGUGGUGCCUUGGAUUAUAAGGAAUCCAUUCCACAACAGUAUUAUCUCCUCCAAUUCCACCUCUUGUUCAUCUUCACAGACUCGCUCCCCUCCUGUUUCACCCUCUUCUCUCUCUUGGUCUCCUAAUUAUAAUCCCUGGCCUGUUUUCAUAUAAUCAUCAUACAUUCUAGCAUUAAUUAGGUGAACAUUUUUCUUUGUGGAUCGAUAGUUGAAAUCCCAAUAAAUUAUAGUAAGUUUUUGUUAA